AUGGAAUCACUCAAGCAAGGCGCCAACUACGUCUCUGAGCAGGCCAAGAAGGCCACUACUGGGACCUCAAAGGAGGCGAACAAGAACAUUGCCAAGGACUCCGAUGCACCUGUUGGCGACCGAGUCUCGGCUGCAAAGGACACCGUUGCCGACAAGUCUAAGGAGCAACAGCACGACGUCAAGGCCGAGGCUCACAAGCAGCAGAUGUAG